AUGGCGCAACAAGGGGAUGCCGAGUCCACGUCCAUGUGGCAACUCUCUCCCUCACUUGGCGCCUCCAUUACCUUUCUCAUCCUCUUUGUUCUAACAACCGCCAUUCACCUUGGGCAGGCAGUUUACUACAAGCAGAAAUACUGCUGGGUCAUUAUCAUGUCAGGCAUAUGGCAGGUCUUGACGUACAUCUUCCGCACAGUCAGCAUCCAGCAACCCGACUCCUUCAACUACUACGCUACUUGGUUUGUCCUCAUUCUCAUUGCGCCACUUUGGACAAACGCCUUUGUCUACAUGGUGUUCGGCCGCAUGGUCUGGAACUACACAGACGAUCGUCGCGUGUGGCGAGUAAAGGCGCAGCAUUUUGGCUUCGUGUUUGUACUCUUGGACAUUGUAUCAUUCGUCAUCCAAGUGUACGGUGCUGCCAAAGCCACAGCAAAAGACGCGCCGACGGACAAGGUGCUUCAGGGACUGCAUAUAUACAUGGCCGGUGUUGGGAUACAACAACUCUUCAUUCUCAUCUUCUGCUUGUUUGCUUUACGACUUUUAUUCCUGCUAAGCCCCGGUGUGCUGCUCCUUUAUACUCAAUUUGUUGUACUGGCUUUAAUCUCACUUCGAAUUAUCUUCCGCAUUUGCGAAUACGCGCAAGGACUCGACAGCUCGAUACCACUACACGAAGCUUACCAGUAUGCGUUAGACUCGCUGCCCAUGCUUCUUGCGCUUGUUGCCUUCAACGCUAUUCAUCCGGGACGAAUCAUGCGCGGCAGUAAAUCUGACCUGCCGUCAUUUCGGAUGCAAGAAAAUCGCACGCAACUCGGAAGUGCAGAUGCUGGCCAACCUAGUCGUUUUGAAUAG